AUGGCCAUUACAGGAGAAGCUAGAAUUCUAUCUCCUCAUGAGUUGGUGACCUUACCACGACCAGGCGGUGUAGCAACAGCACCGUCUGGCAAACGCGCUGUAUUUGCUCAGUCACAGUACAAUACCACUGCUGACAAAAGCACCAAGAACCUACACGUAGUAGAUUUGGAAAAUUCCAAGAUAGGUACCGUCACGGCUGCAAGCUUAGACUAUCAGCAGGAUGACGCCUUUUUCUUGGAUGAUGAUCAUAUUGCAUUCUACCAAACUGGCAUAGACCUUGAUGUCGGUCAAGUGUAUGUGUUAAAUAUCCGUGAAUCGGAUGCCAAGCCCUAUCAAUUGACGAAAUUCCCCGUCGAUGUCUCCAACUUCAAGUUCUACGCUGAGUCCAAGUUGCUUGCCUUCUCUGCUGCAGUUUAUCAAGACGGAACUUUGGAAGGUGCUCGCGCCGAAGAUGAAAAGAUACAGAAAGAGAAAAAGGAUAGUGCUCUCGUCUACGACUCUCUCAUGGUUCGUCAUUGGGACCAUUUCACCUCAGCAAAGAAGAACAAUAUCUUCAUUGUCAAACUCGAACUUCAGGAUGGAAAAUAUCAAGUGAAUGGGUCUCCCAAAAAUUUGAUGAAAGGAGGCAACUUGGAGUCUCCAGUUUUGCCUUUUGGAGAUGCCGCCAACUUUGACUUAUCUCCCAAUGGCAAACAGCUGGCAUUUGUGUCCAAAAUCUCUGGUCCUGAAGGAGCCUGGGAAACAUCUCAACACGUUUACCUUGUUUCAACUGAUGGCAACAGUGAACCUGUCGCUAUUAACCACGAUAUUCCAGCCGCUGCCAAUAACCCUGUUUUUGCACCUGAUGGUACCUUGGCCUACUUGCAAAUGCUCGAACCGAAAUACGAAGCCGACCGCAACCGCAUCGUCCUUUACGAUGGUAAAACUCGUACUUAUGUUGCUGAAAAUUGGGAUCGCAGUCCUUCCUCGCUUGUGUUCUCCAAGGACAGCAAAACUAUCUUUGUAACUGCAGAGGAGCACGGUCAUACCAAAAUCUUCGCCAUCGAAAGAGAAACAGGCAAUGUUAAGACUUUGACCGAAAAGCACACGGCUUCGUCCUUGUCAGUUUUGAAUGGAAAGCUAGUUUUCAGUCUUGCAUCUAUGAACCAUCCCAACAUUGUGUCUAGCGUGGACUUGGAAAGUGGGGAACUCAAGACCUACGGCGUCACGAAUGAACUCGCAGUUCUCAUGAAAGGAUUGGAUAUGCCUACUCCUGAGGAAUUUUGGUUUAACGGCUCACUCAACGCCAAGGUUCAUGGCUGGAUUAUAAAACCUACUGAUUUUGAUUCUUCCAAAAAGUAUCCUGUCGCGUUCUUGAUUCACGGAGGCCCUCAAGGUAGCUGGGGCUCAUCUUGGUCUACUCGUUGGAACCCCCAAAUAUAUGCCGCUGCUGGAUACGUUACUGUAGCCAUCAAUCCUCAUGGCUCUACCGGAUAUGGUCAAGAGUUCUGUGAUGCUAUUCGCAACAACUGGGGAUCUUAUCCCUACUAUGAUUUGGAUAAAGGUCUCACUUACGUUAUUGAGAACUUUGACUUCGUGGAUGCCGACAAUGUGUUUGGUCUUGGAGCUUCCUAUGGUGGAUAUAUGAUUAACUGGAUCAACGGUCACAGCAAACGAUUCAAAGCCCUCGUUAACCACGAUGGAAUGUUUUCUACGAUCAACUCAUUCUACACAACCGAUGAAUUGUACUUCCCUGAACGCGAGUUUGGAGGUGUUCCUUUCAAUCCUUUCCACCGCUUAUCAUAUGAACGAUGGUCUCCAUCCAAUUAUGUUGCUAACUGGAAAACACCUACCCUUGUCAUCCAUGGCGCUCGUGAUUAUCGUUUAGUAGAUGGUGAAGGCUUGGCUACAUUCACUGCUUUGCAACGCCAAGGUGUUCCAUCGAAACUAGUGUAUUUCCCCGACGAGAACCAUUGGGUCUUGAAGCCUGCCAAUUCUUUGAAAUGGCACAAGGAGGUGCUUGACUGGCUAGCGAGAUGGAAAAACUCACCUUCUCCUAUUGCAGAAGAUGAUAACCUCAACGUAAAAGAUUCAGCAGGUGUACAUAUUGACAUUGAACAACUAGUCCAUGGAAUCCGCUCUAACCUGACUGGACCAAGACUAGAACUGCAAAAAUAA